AUGACACCAGAUACCUUCUUCAUUAAAAGUCUAAGGAAGUAUUUCUGGACAUCCACCUCGUCGUACAGACAGCGCUUCGCACAAAUUAUUGGCAUUUCAAAGAAGAGAACAACAUCGGUAAUCGAACCAAUGUCCAUCAUGUCGCAGUUUCAUCUUCAAGACGAACAUCAGCCCGAUAGCCAUGACCAAUCCGGUGCUCAAGAUCAACCCCAAAAUCGCGAUCAACCUCAAGCCUUAGUUCAACCUAACCGUCAAGGCUUAUGUCAAACCCAACUUGACAAUGAAGCUGGCAGUUUUACCUGCUUUCCCAGAUUACCUCUUGAACUACAACGCAAAAUUUGGGAGAUUGCUGCUGUACCACAGCCUCGGGUCAUUCAAAUUGAAACAAUCUGUGAGCGAGAUGCUGAGGGAAAAAUCCAUCCCAAUGAUGACGACGAUGACGAUGCUGAUGAUGAACUUAUACAUUGGAGUCCUACACAGUGUUCACCAACACCGUUGCUUGCAAUCUGUCGUGAAUCGCGGUCGAUUGCCAUGAAGCAUUAUAAAUACUCUAGCUUCCUCCAUCGUCCUCUAUUUUACCAUCCAGAUUCAGACAUUCUGUGGGUCAGAGGAAAUCCGCUUUUUCAAUCUAUCACUAAUGAUCCACCAAGCGAGACGACAUUAGAAGUUCUUUUUUGGCAGAGACGUUAUACCGAACUGAGGCCAUAUCUUUUCCGUUCCGUUGCCCUCGACUUUGCGGGAAUUAAAGCACAUCAUAAGAUUGUAAAUAGGGUAAACAUACCGCAAGACCCCAGUCUUUGCACGCUUUAUGCUAUCUCUAAAACAGAGGUUGAAAAGGUGUACAUCGUUUACUCUUCUAGGGACUGCAGGGUUGAAGUUGACCAGGAAAUCAAAUACCUAGUCGAACAAAUUAAAUUCAGUGCCCGACACCUCAAUAACUGGAUCCAGAAAUUGCUACAAGAAAGGAACGAACGAGAUGGCACGAACUUAACUAAGUGGAAGAUGCCUACCGUAGAGGCAAUUUUAGAUACUCGACUUCUUAAUCCCGUCGAAACAUUCCACAACAUCCCUGGUCUUCCUCUCGGAAUACGACGCGCAAUCUAG